AUGCUCAAAUCUGCUGGAAGACCGCGUGCACUCCAUCUCUCGGGCCUGUUGCGGCAAUCGGAGCAGUCGUACACGCUCACCAAGAAGUUCAAUCAUCCACAGUAUCUUAUGUACCAGUUGAUAUCUCAAGUUGAUAAAUACCACGAAUUUAUUCCAUAUUGCACUGAGUCCUUCGUGCGAGCGCGCGACGACCAUGGACAGCCAUUGGUGGCAGGGCUACGUGUGGGAUUCCAGCAAUUUGACGAAGAGUUUACAUGUGACUUACAAUGCAAACAACCUGAAUUGAUUGUGGCUCGUUCUAUCACACAUUCGUUGUUUAAGUUUCUAGAAACCAGGUGGACAGUGCACACUUUGGACGACGAGCACUGUAAGGCUGUGCUAAAUUUACGCUACGAAUUCAAAAAUGAGCUAUACAAUCAGUUGAGUUCCUUCUUUGCCACCAAGGUUGCAAACUUGAUGUUCCGGUCGUUUGAAAAACGCGCGUUUGAGGUGGCUCAGGGCAAAUUGUCCGACAAUUAA